GUAUAUAUCUCAGUCAAAAUAAAUAAAUAAUACAAAAAUCAGAAAUAAAAAGUAGUUAGGCUGUGUUCAUGGGUUCAAUGUCCACUCAGGAAUCAGAUGGCAGAGGGGAAGAAGAUGUUCCUGAGUUUGUGUCUUCAGGAUUUUGUGCAGGCAGUGUCAAGAGGUGUGUUGUAUGUGUGUGCCCUUUUAAAGACAGCCAUUAAAAUUAUUUUAUAUGGGUCUCCAAGACGGUGCUGGUGAGCCAUGGCAAUGUCUUGUGAGCUGCUCACGAACCGUCGAGCUUUUUCGAAAGUCUGAGCACAAUGUCCUAAAGGGACGGUGUUGUGCGGUGUAGCACGCUGACAUUGGUUGUUUGGCCGUCCUGUUGGGCGAGGUAUGUCAUCGAUUCUAUUGAGUUUCUUUGUAUUUACUGCAAAGGCCCGCAAGAAAAUGAACUUCAGAACUGUAUAUGGUGAUAUAUGUGUACUUUGAUACUAAAUUUACUUUGAACCUCCAGCUGCCUCCCUCUCUCCAACUGCCCCGGGCCGCCAGCAGAGGGCGCAGUCUCUCCAUCCCAGCCCCAUCAGACGCUCCCAACCGGCCAGUCGCUCCUCGCUUUCUGGCUGUGUUUUUGCCACACCCUCUUCACCAGAUGAACACCCAAGUUGGUGUCAUUGAUUAUUUGGUAGUUAUUUCUUUACUAUGGAUUUAUUGAUUAUGUCCACAAGAAAAUGAAUCACAGGUUUCUAAAUGGUGACAUAGAUUUAAUUACACUGGAUAACAAACUUCUUCAAACAUAUGAUGUGCUGGCCAUUACAGAGACUUGGAUGGCUCAGGGACAGGAAUGGUUACUUCAAGUGUCGGGUUUUAGAUGUUUCAGAAAGGACAGGGAGGGAGGCAAGAGAGUUGGGGGCGUGUCACUGUUGAUCAGAGAUAGUGUCACGGCUGCAGAAAAGGAGGAAGCCAUGGAGAGACUGUCUGCGGAGUCUCUGUGGGUGGAAGUUAGAAACAGGAAGGGGUCAAUAACUCCACUGGGUGUUUUUUAUAGACCACACAAUAGUAACAGGGACACCGAGGAGCAGAUAGGGAGACAGAUUCUGGAAAGGAGUAAUAAUAACACGGUUGCUGUGACAUACAUCACAGUAACAGGCCCUUCCAACCCAAAGAGCUCAUACUGCCCAGUUACGCCCUGUGAACAAUUAACCCACCCGUAGGUUUUGGAGUGUGGGAGCAAAUCGGAGCACCACAGGGAGAACGUAGAGACAAUAGCAGGAAUCGAACCUGGGACACUGGAACUGUACACGAACUGUGUUGCUACCGCGCGUUUAGAUGUGCAUGUGAUAAAUGAAUCUGAAUAUGAAUAUUUGCAGGCCCUGCUCUAGCAUCCAUAUCCCACAAUCGAAUUAACAAUGCCGUGAAAGAUUCACCAGUCUUUUGUUCAAAGUAAAUUUAUCAUCAAAGUAUAUAUCGUCAUCAUCAUCAUUAUGGGCUGUGUUGUAUGACAUCAUCAUUAUGCGCCGUGUCGUAUGACAUGGGCGAUCACAUUCUCGACCAUGAUUGUUGUUGGCAAAUUUUUCUUCAGAAGUGGUUUGCCAUUGCCUUCUUUGGGUGAUCCCCAGCCAUUAUCGAUACUCUUCAGAGACUGUCUGCCUGGCGUCAGUGGUUACAUAACCAGAACUUGCAAUAUGGACCGACUGCUCAUACGACCAUUCGCCACCUGCUCCCAUGGCUGCAUGUGACCCUGAUCGAGGAUUAAUCAGGUGUUACACCUUGCCCAAGGGUGACCUACAGGCAAGCAGAGGGAAGGAGCGCCUUACACCUCCUUUGGUAGAGACGCAUCUCCACCCAGCUGUCUGAAAUUACAACCAUGUGCAACCCUGGGAUCCAUUUCUUGUGGGCAUUCACAGUAAGUAUAAAGAAACACAAUAGAAUCGGGGAAAGGCCACACACAAAGGUGGACAAGCAACCAGUGUGAAAAAGACAACAAACUGUGGAUGUCAGAAUCAGGUUUAUUAUCACCGGCAUGUGACGUGAAAUUUGUUAACGUAGCAGCGGCAGUUCAAUGCAAUACAUAACCUAGCAGAGAGAGAAAAUAAUAAAUAAAUGAAUAUAAUAAUAAGUAAAACAAUUACAUAUAUUGAAUAGAUUUUUUUUAAUGUGCAAAAACAGAAAUACUGUAUAUUAUAAAAAAGUGAGGCCGUGUCCAAAGAUUCAAUGUCCAUUUAGGAAUCGGAUGGCAGAGGGGAAGAAGCUGUUCCUGACAAAAAGAAUACAAAAGAAAAAAAUAAAAUAAUAAUAAUAAUAAAUAAGCAAUAAAUAUUGAGAACCUGGGAUGAAGAGUCAUUAAAGGUGAGUCCAUGGGUUAGUUUCAGUUCAGUGAUGGGGUGAGUGAAGUAGUCCCCUCUGGUUCAGGAGCCUGGUGGUCGGGCAGGCCAAGCAGCGUCCACUGUUUUAUGUUGGCUUUUGCAUUCAAUGGCAUUAGUGCUUUUGUGUGCAUUUAUCCCACACACCCCUGUUAUGUACCCCAUAAAGGGUUAAAAAGGACCAGCAGAAAUGGACACACAUGGAGUCUGAGGCUUCCGUUAUAAACACUAUUUUAUUAGUAACUACGUGAUAAAGUAACAUAAAACAAGAUAAGGCAAUCAGGUUAGCGGAGUUUAUGUGUAUAUAAGUGAGUAAGUAAAGUUCCCAAACUUCUCCCGGCUCAGGUGAUAAAUGAUGCAGUCUUACAGUGGUAUAGGUAUGCAGUCAGUUCAGUUCUGGAUAUUGAAUUGAGUAGUUUGAAGACAGAAAGAGAUGUUUUGUCUUCCCAGUGCCGAUGCCGUUGAAUCUUCCACGUUGUCCCCCUGCUGCCGAAACUUACUAAAGUCACCGACUGUGACCGCACAAAUGAGAAUGCUGGUUUUCCAUGGUAAGCUCUCAACCCAGGCCAGGGUUAAACACACCGAUAGCUUCCCACCAAUCACCCCUUUGUCCACACUGUGAGCAAAAGUCCUCACCUUUGUCGUGGGCACACAAAGCUCAACCAGUGUCAGUGUCUUCCUCGUCUCUGGUGUCUGGCAUGUCUCGUGUGUCCGAUUACAAAGCCAGCUGACCUUGUCUAUAUUCCACAAGUGCUGAACACCAGCUGUCCAUCAUAUAGCUCCGCCUUGCCACUUCCAUGGCAACUCACUGUUAUGAAUGUACCACAGCUCUGAGGGGCUGAAGGGUGCGGGGUAGCCCCCUCCUUUGUGAGAAUCACAGGAUCGCUAUUGAUUUGGAUCAGGAGACCCAGGAAAUAAGAGAGAGACGUGUGGAAUGUCUUGACCCUCCCCCCGGCGAUAUAAAGGUACGGGAAACGGCCAUUGUCUCUUGGAGACGGACUUGUGUAUUACAAUACUGUGCUACGUGGAAGCCCUCAGGCAAAGUGGGCUGGUUGAGGGAGGGAUUGCAUCAUCCCAACCUGAUUGACAUCUGAGGCCCUGUGAGUCAGGAUAAAAGAAGGUCUGUGGGAACAGCCCCUCAGACGCACCAGAAGAAACGCUAGUGAUCCCGUAUUAAUGGAAGCCGAUGGGAGGAGGCCACGUGCGUUCGGUUCCAUUUGCCCCGGAACCGGUGGCUUUUACCACGGAAGAACGGCUUUUAGCUAACAACAGGGAAACCAACUCCCAAUGACUCUCGAAGGAUUGACCUCAUAAAAGGACUGGGCAAGUUUUAACCCGUCCAUCUCUCAAACCAAAACGCUGCAGCUUGAACGAACUAACAGUGACUUUUAUAUUUCCAUCGGACAAUACAUUAUCCCCUAGACAACGAUAGAGCUAUUUCUUAUUGAUUAAUAUUAUACCUGCGCUUUUAGAUUUAUUAUUGACGACGUAUAUUAUCUGUAUGUUUGCAUUGAUAUUAUUUUGAGUAUUUUUAUCAAUAAAUACUGUUAAAAUAGUACCAUCAGACUUCAACGGACCUCUCUAACCUUGCUGGUAAGUGACCUAGUUACGGGGUACAUAACAACUUGAGAUUCUCGUCUCGGGAUUUGAUACCAAAUUGGGAGGCCAGUGAAUCGGGCUUGUAAGUCCAAACUUGGAUCUGGUUAUGCGGGUAGCCAGACGGGAAACCAGCAAAGAUGGACGUGGGUGAAUUUAUAGAAAACCCGACUCUGGAGGUGCUAGAGGUGGCCACCAAAUCAGACUUGAUAAAUUUGGCGAAGGGGUUAAACCUCGCAGAGGUGAGGUUGUCAAUGAAAAAGCGGGAGGUGCGAAGGGCAAGAACUCAGUAUUAUAUUGGGAAGAAUGUGUUUGCAGCUGAGGUAUUGGAAAAUAUUCCUGAAAAGGUACCAGCUAGUGGGACGGCUCAGUUAGAGAUGGAGAAAUUAAGGUUGGAACAUGCAAUUAAGGUAAAGCAGCUGGAAGCAGCUGAGAAGGAGAAUGAAAGAGCCGAGAGAGAGAGGGAGCAUGCGCUCCAGCUAAAGGAGUUAGAGGUGAAAUGGGAGCAGGAAAGAGCUGAGAAACAAAGAGAGCAUGAAAUUCAGUUAAAACAGCUGGAAGCAGCUGAGAAAGAGAGGGAAAGAGCUGAGAAACCAAGAGAGCAUGAAAUUGAAAUUCAGUUAAAACAGCUGGAAGCAGCUGAGAAAGAGAAAGAGAGAGCCGAGGAGAGAGUAUGGGGAGACAGAGAAACAGAGGCAACAUGACUUGGAGAUGGAGAAGUUAAGGCAAGGGCGAAGAGAUCAAGGGUCAGACCGAGAGGAGCGGUUUAAUGUUAGUCGAGAGUUGAGGUUAGUACCUCCGUUCGAGGAGACGGAUAUUGAUAGUUAUUUCUUGCUUUUUGAAAAGGUGGCAGUGAAUCAGAAGUGGCCCAGAGAUCAGUGGGUGGCGCUGUUACAAAGUGUGUUAAAAGGGAAGGCACAGCGGGCAUAUAUGGCAUUGGCCAUGGAGGAGGAAGAGGAGGAGAGUUAUGACAAAGUCAAGGCGGCCAUUCUCUGGAGUUAUGAGCUAGUACCUGAGGCGUAUAGACAAAAGUUCAGAACUUUAAAGAAAGGGUGGAAUCAGACGUAUACCAAGUUUGCCUAUGAGAAGGGUGUGCUCUUGGACCAUUGGUGCACAGCAGAGAUAGUGGAGGAGGAUUAUUGGCGUCUCAGGGAGUUAAUUCUGAUUGAGGAAUUUAAAGGUUGUGUUUCAGAGGAUAUCCGGAUGUAUUUGAAUGAGAAGCCGAAUAAGUCCAUCUCCGAAUUUGCUAGGUUCGCAGAUGAAUAUGCCCUAACCCACAAGACAAAGUUUUCCUCGAAUAAAAGUUCCCAGAGGGACUGUGGGAACGAUUGAGAAAGCCAGCCGGCUGAAGCAAAGGUCCCACCGGGAGCUAGUGGUAAAGUUGAGGGGGAAAGGCCAGACGGCCAGAGAUUUCCGGGCUUGACCUGUUUUAAUUGUGGAAAGGGGGGGGCAUAUUGCAUCUAGGUGCUUUGCUCUAAGGAAAGAGACAGGAAAAGGGAAAGCAGCAGUCCCUAUCGGAUGUGCCAUGGUAAUCAGUAAAUCAACAAGAGAGCCCCGGGUAGACAGAGUACGAGAAGGGUCUGAGACUUGUAUGUCAAAUGGAACCGUGUCUGUGAGGGAGGGAGACACACCAGUUCCAGUACGGAUCUGGAGAGAUACGGGGGCUGAGCUAUCGUUGAUCAGCAGUAGGGUACUAGAUUUUGGUCGCAAGACGGAAAUGGUAGCUGUGAAAGGAAUAAGCAAAGGGACGGAAAUGGUGCCCUUGUAGCGGUGUGCUACACGCAGCGCUAAAAUUACGACACGGAGUCGGUAACUGCAGUCGAAGGAAAAAACUUUAUUCGAAAUCCUCAGCCUCACUUUUAAGCCUCCCUCAACCUGCCCCCCGUGGCACAGAGGCUCCAAAGCUCUGUGCUCGCAAACCCCCGUAGGCUAUCUAAUUGUGAGCCAGUUCGGAUGUGCCAGGAAAUGGGUCGCCACACCCUUACAUAAGGUCAUUAUGGAUUGUGAGCUGGUGUCUGGACCAAUUGAAAUAGGGGUGCGAUCAGAACUCCCGAGAACUGACACGGACGUCCUUCUCGGUAACGAUUUAGCAGGUAGUAAGGUUUGGUCAGCAAUGAUGCUGACAAGCCGGCUGGUGAGUGUUGCGGCCCCGCCCCUAGAUUCCAAGAUCUAUCCUGCAUGCGCGAUCACUCGCAGCAUGUCGAGAAAGGGAGUAGUUUAAAUCCGGCCAGUUUCGAUUUGGCCAAGACGUUUUUACCGACCCUGUACCACGAGGGUUUCGAGGGUGGUAAAACGAAGAGUAGUAAAGUGAAAGAGGGUAAGGGAGAGGAGGUAAAUCUGCCCUUAGCGAGGAGAAAAGUUCUAGAGGCAGGGGAUAAAGAUGAGAAACAGAUAAGGCUGUUAAAAGGUCCAGGGUUGGACAUGGAUGAUCUGUCUGGUUUGGCAGAACUGUUUGAAGAAGUUGAAAAUUCUAAAGGUGUUCCCGAUAAUGAAAUGAGGGCAGUCCAAGAUGAAAAGGAUGCCAUUACCUUGAAGAAGUCUGCUGGGUUGGCAGAUGAGGUUGUUUCAGCCCGCGGGGUUGAGUUUACUCCGGAAGGGAGUUGCCCAGAGAGUAGCUGGGAGGAUCAGGGGAAUUUAGAAUUUGGACCAGGUACGGGUAUUGAAAGCCUGGAAGAGGCAAAUGUCCUGUUUGAGUGUGUCCAAGAUGUGGAUGCACUUGGUACUGAACCUAGUAAUGGAGCUCAGAACAAGUCUGAGGUAUUUGAUUCAGUUGAAAAGGAAGGCCGUCCUUGUGGGUCAGAUAGACAUGGUUCAGUGAAGAAAGGGUUAACCCUGGUAAUAGUGGGAAGUGAGAGUUCCCAGGUGUUUGUGCUCGAAGGUGUGUUAAAAGUUAAUGUGGAGCUCAAAAAUGGGGAGAUAAAUAUUAUUAUUGAAGGAAACAGGAAAUGUGUAGUUCCCAAAUCGAAUGAAGAAAAUGUAAAGCCUGCUGAUCGCUUACAGAUUGAGUUGGAAGAUGAUGGGGCCCCUCACGCUAUUGUUAUUCCAGAGUGUGGUGUGAAAAGGCAGAAUUUGAAAUGCUGCUUGAACAAAGAGUUUAAACUGAAAGCUAAUAGCCUGAAGGGUCCUGAAGAGAAAGCUAGCAACUUGUGUAAAAUUAAAGAAUUGGGUGGAAAUUCAGAAGAUGGUCUAAGUUUGGGACACAGUAUUGAUAAAAUAACUCCAAUGGAAGAAGCGGGCGAAUGCCUAUUUCGCCAGGGUACCCAUGCUCCCCACGUGGGGAUUAACCGGAAAAGAGGCGGGGGUUAAUGGGGACGCCAUUUUUAAAUAGCAAAAGCCGGUUUUACGGGAUUUCGACAAAGCAUGUGAAUAAUAAAGACAACCCCAUGGAAGCCUGCCUGUUAAGUUUGUAAGCAACAGAAAGAUUAGUAUUUGCAUGAACUUUUGUAGUAUACACGUAAGCUAAGAUCACAACUCUUUAGUUUUUGUUUGCUGAAGGAAAGAAAUAAAAAUAGGUGGUUAUUAAAUUGAAGUCUGAUGCUACAAGACUUUAGUACGGUACAAGAUGUUAAGAUAUUAAAGGAAGUGACAUUGUAAUCGUUAACUGUUUAGAUGCUGAAUUGAAUGUAUAACUGUAUUACUCUGUAGUGAAAAGGAAAAGCUUUUGUAUUGUGUUAGAUUCUAAAAUCCUUUAAGACUCUGUACUACUUUGUUUUCACCGCUGGUAAAAACGCUUUAAAGAAAGGGGGUGUUAUGAAUGUACCACCGCGCUGAGGGGCUGAAGGGUGCGGGGUAGCCCCCUCCUUUGUGAGAAUCGCAGGAUCACUAUUGAUUUGUAUCAGGAGACCCAGGAAAAGCUACGGGAAACGGCCAUUGUCUCUUGGAGACAGACUGGUGUAUUACAAUACUGUGCUACGUGGAAGCCCUCAGGCAAAGUGGGCUGGUUGAGGGAGGGAUUGCAUCAUCCCAACCUGAUUGACAUCUGAGACCCUGUGAGUCAGGAUAAAAGAGGGUCUGUGGGAACAGCCCCUCAGAUGCACCAGAAGAGACGCUAGCGAUCCCGUAAUAGCAGAAGCCGAUGGGAGGAGGCCACGUGCGUUCGGUUCCAUUUGCCCCAGAACCAGUGGCUUUUACCACGGAAGAACGGCUUUUAGCUAACAACGGGUAAACCAACUCCCAACGACUCUCGAAGGAUUGACCUCAUAAAAGGACUGGGCAUGUUUUAACCCGUCUUUCUCUCAAACCAAAACGCUGCAGCUUGAACGAACUAACAGUGACUUUUAUAUUUCCAUCGGACAAUACAUUAUCCCCUAGACAACGAUAGAGCUAUUUCUUAUUUUUUAUUAUUAAACCCGCGCUUCUAGAUUUAGUAUUGACGACGUAUAUUAUCUGUAUGUUUGCAUUGAUAUUAUUUUGUGUAUUUUUAUCAAUAAAUACUGUUAAAAUAGUACCAUCAGACUUCAACGGACCUCUCCAUCUUUGCU